AAGAUUCAAAGAGAUCAGUGAACCCAAGAACAGGAGCCAUGGUGAGCUUUUCAAUGAUGGUGUUGAAUGCUAGCUCACACCUGUCAGUCCAGCAAUCACGAAGGGCCUCUUUGGAUUGUGGUAAGUUUGUGUCUUGUGGCGUUCUUGUGCAUUGGGGGAUAACCAGAUAUCAAGUCAGUGAAGGGUUUGACCAUGGUGGAAUAGUGCUUUAAAAAUCGUCUGUAAUAGCCUGAAAACCUGAGGAAAGACCUUAGUUGUUUCAGGUCUUGGGGUCUGGGCCACAUUUUCAGGGGUUCCACUUUUCCCUGGAUUAUUCCCCACUCCGUCCUGUGAUACCACAUGCCCCAAAUAUUUGACAGACGUUUGAAAGAACUUGCGUUUCUUCAGGGAGACAGUCAGACGGUUCAGGACUUUCAUCGGCCUCAUCUAAUGCUGUUCCAAUGUCUUUGAAAAGACUAUGAUGUCAUCAAGAAAUACAAGAACCUCUGUCAAAUUCAUAUGGCCCAUACCCAUCAAAUGCUGGAACUUACUUGGAGCAUUUGUGACUCCUUGAGGCAUUCGGUUAAAUUCCAAAAAACCCCAUGGGACCGACGAAGGCGGUUUUGGGUUUGUCCGCUUCCUCAACCUCGAUCUGAUAAUAACCGGAUUUUAGGUCGAGUACUGAAUACCACUUUGACCCAGUGAGUGUGGAGAACACCCCUUGGAAGUGUAUAAGCAUCUUUCACAGUCUGGAGAUUGAGUUUACUAUUAUCAAUACAGAGAUGGACCUCUCUGUUCUUCUUCCUCACUACCACUAUAGGCGAUGAGAAUGGAGACUCAGAUUCUCUGAUCACUCCGGCUUGAAGCAGUUCUUGUAAAUGCUUACGGACAGCCUCCAAGUCAUGGGGAUGUAUGGGGCGAGCUCUGUGCUUGAACUGGGUCUCGUCUAAGAGCUUGUUUUGGUGCUUAACCCGAUCAGUUCUGCCGAAGUCAAGAUCAUUCUGUGCGAAAACUUCUGGCAUGCUGUUGAGUUUCCGUCUGAUAUGCUCUUUCUAUUCAGCAGGAACCGGAGAAUCACUGAAGUUGCAUGUGUUGUCUGACUUCGGAGAGAGUCUGAUUUUGAGGUAAGAACCCUAUAGUCUUGUGAAAGAACUCUCUGAAAGGCAUUGACCUCACCAACAAUACAUCUUUGGGGGACAAUAACGUCGUAGUCUGACUCAUUGGUAAGAACUACCGGGAUCCUGUAUGGCUGUUUAGUGGGCAAAUCAACAAGGAAGGUUUUCACUAGCAGACCUGUCUAUGAAGAUGAGGAGGGGUGUUCCAGAACUACCGAUUUCUUAGUAGUGAACCCACUGACUGCAACACAACCUUCCAAGACCAGGGUUUGGCCAGCGGGGACCAACUGGGGGCCUUUGCUCUGCAUCUUCACCAAUCCAAGGUUACCAAGUUUACUCUGUUGCUGUCUGAGCUCAAGGACUUUGAGUACUGCCUUGUAGCCAUGUGCUGCUGGUUGCUGUGCGUCAGGAGCAGUUUCACAAUACAUCUCAUAUAGUAUGUCAAGUGUGUUGGUACAGUAUCUAUAAGCAUGAGUGAGUCAGAAGCGUGAACCACCAAGGCGAGUGUCGGCACCUUGAUUUCCACUCCCAAGAACUCUGUUGGGAACGUGACACUCAGCUCAAUGUAUCCCAGGAAAGGUACACCCUGCCCAUUGGCUCCUUGAACUAAAUAAGUCAAACAGUGGUUUGAUUUCAUGUUUAGAAAAGUGUUGCUGAUAGAUGGACUGAGGGACCGUGACUUCUUGUGUAAUACUGUUUUAGCAUAGCAUGUUGCUUGGUUUCAGUGGGACAUGAUUGACUAAUAUCAGUUCUUGUCUGUCCCUGAAGUUGCACCCUUAUGAGAAGGUAAAUUAGUUUCUGCUGUUGCAUGAUCAGGUUUUUGUGUGUUUGCCAUUUUUGAAGUUUCUUCUUUGGGAGACAUAGUCUUCUUGUUUUUCAUGAGGAAUGUUAGCUUACUUUUCAAGUCUGCAACUUGUUUCCUUAGCUCAUUUAUGCCUCUAACAUCAGACUCAGCUUGGGUCUCACCACAGUUACACACAGUUUGCAUGUGGGACACAGCUCUCUGUUUUGUUUCAUUCUCAUGGCCUUGGCUUCUUGCCUAUACUCUUCAGUGCAUAAAAGCAUUAAGAGUUCAGCAAAUGAUAGGGGGUACUGUUUUUGUGUUCUAUAUGGAGAUCAGCAUGCAGGACAUUGUCCCAAAAGCCCCUGCAAAACUGUGAUCUUCCCAGAGAAAGCUUUCAAUCUCAGAGUAGGAUGAGUGUGCAAGGGUUUGUCUUCACUCCUCAUAAUGUGCUCCACCACUAUCCUUAUCUCCUCAGGUGGGUUGAGUUGACUGGGGCUCAGAGUUUUGGGUGUCUUUGAGUUAAAGGAGGAAGCAGUUGUUUUCUGAUUAACAUUCGAGAGGCCAAGCUCGAUAGGAGGGGGAUCGUCAACCAGCCAUUGUGAUGGAAUGUCAUGCUGGCUGGGCUCUGCAGCCUGCUUAACUACCCGUAGGUGUUGGGUAGAAGUAGCAUGCUCACUGGAUCCAGCACUCUUGAUAGAUUCCUCUAUUUGGUACAUUAUCUCCUUUAUCAUCUCCUCGAAGUCUUUUCCACUGAGCUUGGUAAUUCCUUUAUGCUUGUUAAGGUAAGUUUGUGUGAUGUUGCUGCCUACCUUUUGUGUGUAGAUGCUUGCCAGGACUCGAACAUGGUAUGUGACAUCAGGACUGUCUGGCAACUGGUGAGUAUAAGGCAAAAGGGGUUCUAAUGCUUGUACAGCAGUGCUGUGGUUAUUCUUUACUAUCAGGAUUGUAUGAAACUCUGUAGUUGGGUCAUCUAUCUACAGUUUUACUGAUUGAACCAUAUAUUUUCAGAAAGUAUAACAUCUUUGAGAAACAACAAUGUUGCAAGGAUAGGAAGGAUAAGUAAAACACAUGAAAAUGUACACUAUGAAAGAGUCACUCCCACCGCACAGUUGGUGGUGUGUGCAUGUGUAAUGAAGUGCCGAAAUCGGGGCUCUCAAUCCUCUGCAGGUCCCGUAUCUCUAGUUCAGCUCCAGGCUGUAGCUCGCCAUCAACGUCUCGAUCCAGGCUCCAACAUCCAGUUUAAGGACCAGGUGGUUCGUGAGGCGGUGGAAAAGAUCUGCCGGGAGUUCUCUGGACAGUGCUGCAUCCACAAGCCUCUGGGAGGAGCAGCAGGAGUAGCAGCAGGAGGAGGUAGAGGGGAAGCAGCAGUAGGAGGAGCAGAGGUUCAGCAGGUCCCUGAGGUUUCGUCCUCCACUCUGCCUGGAGCUCCAUCCUCCUCCACACCUCCCUGCUCCUCCUGCAGGGGGCAGACCACUGGAGGAGGUUACCAGUGCAGUGUGUGCACCUCCUGCACUCUGUGUGAGCCCUGCAGCUUCUCUCAUGAUCCCAGUCACAACCUGGUGAGAGCCAGAACUCCCCUGUCAAUCCCAGAGCACGGAUCACCUGCCCCAGACCACAGCAGGUUCUACAGGCGAGGCGAUCGCAGCUUCCGGAAGGCAGAGAAGCAGCGACUGAAAGCAGAGAAGCGUCUUCUGAAGGCAGAGGUCAAAGAAAUCCGGAAACAGCUAAGGAUGGAGAGGCGGGGCAUACAGUGGAGCUCCUCCCACAGAGAUGGAAGUUCCUCCCCCGUCCUUCUGCAGCCCCGUGCCACGCAGCACAACAGCCCAGAGCGUCCUAAGCGCCCCUGUCCCCUGGUUGUUCCAGCCAUGACGGCUGCAUUUCUGGACGAAAAUCUUCCUGAUGGAACCAGACUACGUCCUGGGACCAAGUUUAUCAAAUACUGGAAGAUGAGAAACACUGGAACAAUAAGCUGGAGCGCUGAUACUAAGCUGAAGUUCAUGUGGGGAAAUUUGGCGGUGGGAUCUGGGGACCGUUGGAGAGAGGUGUCUGUUCCCUUCCUCCAGCCUGGACAGGUGGGCAUAGUGAGUGUAGCACUGUGUGCUCCCACUGUGGAGGGCUCCUACACCUCCCACUGGCGUCUGGCCCACACUGGAGAGCAGUUUGGACCUAGAGUCUGGUGCAGUGUCGUGGUCGAUCCCCUGGCCCCAGCACCUAUGAUGGCUGAUGGGAUACUUGUGUCACCCUGUGUCACACCGCAGGGUAAGAACCCAGUGGCUGGAAAGGAUGGAAAAGUCUGUGCACCUUCUAGGGAGCAACCAUUAAUGUCAGUGGACCAAGAGGAGUACUUCAUCCCCUCUGUUGACCUGCUCACUGCACAGGAUCUUCUGUCCUUCGAGCUUUUGGACAUCAACAUUGUCCAAGAGUUGGAGAGUGUCCCUAACAACACCCCUGCUGACAUGACUCCCUGCAUGUCCCCUCUGCCGCAAGAUGUACACCUACAGGAAAAGGGCAGUCCUUCUCUGGGCCUCAUCCAAGAAGAGACAGAAGUCAUUAAUAGCAUCAUGGAUGUCCCUCACAGGGCGGGAUCAACAGAAGGAGGAGGCGUCCCUGCUCAAGAGGAAGGGGAGGAUGACAUCAGCGGGACUCAGUUUGUUUGUGAGACUGUGAUUCGCUCAAUGACCCUGGAGGAAGCCCCUGACCACGCCCCUCUGAGAUGCUCCCGUUCUGGGACCGGUAAAGUGGUGCGUCCAGCUGCUCAAGCUGGCUCCUCCUCCUCCUGUGUGAAGAGUAAAUCGGUAAAAUCAGAGGAGAGCCCAGACAGCAGCCCCAGCAGCUCUAAAGAUGCUCUAAAACCACAGACUACGCUGAAAGCUUCCCUCCCUUCUCCACUGAAAGCAUCCUUGCCUGCUCCCCUGUCUGUGGCCACGACCCUAGGAGCCACCAGCUCAGCACCAACUCCGCUCCAUGCUUCACCUAUGGCCAUCACACGGCAGGAGCAGACAACAGAUGACAUUGAGGCACCUCCCAUGGAGAGCGAAAAGAACCCAGAGGAGUACAAGGAGAAAAAGCAUGAGGAGAAGAGAGAAGGGAUGAGGAGUCGCUCGUCCUCCACCUCAUCUGAGGAUUACAUCAUCAUCCUCCCUGAUUGCUUUGACACCAGCCGGCCACUGGGGGAGUCCAUGUACAGCUCUGCUCUGUCCCAACCUGGUGAUAUCCUGGCUAAGAGCCCCAUGGAUCCCCCUGACCACAUGGAUAACUCCACCCCAGAGGGUGAGGGAGAUGAAGCCGAGGCUCCCUGUACAGGAGUGUCAGGCACCAGCAGCGCCAACGACAUGCUUUGUACUUCUCAGACGCUAGAUGAUGAGCCGCUGACGCCCGAAGUGGUGGCACCACCUAAAGCCAUUGUCACACCCAGCCCAGAGAGCAGUGGAGAAACAGAUGUUGAUCCUGCUGCUGCCAGGGAGGGGACAGAGGGCACUGAACUGUACCAAACGGAAGAUACCUCUGGCCCUGAGAAAAUUCAGGCAGAUGAUACUGAAGCCAAUGAAGACACAGAGGACAACCCUGAGGACCCCAGGCACCCAGGCAUCACCAGGGGCCUGAUGAAAGGAGCUCUGUCAGUAGCUGCUUCUGCCUACAAAGCCCUGUUCACUGGACAAGGCCCCACACAGCCUCCAGUGGAUGUGUCCACUCAGGACACCAUGAUGGCCGUAUUGGUGGAGAUGGGUUUUGGGGACCGGUCGCUGAACCAGCGGCUACUGAACAAAUACAACUACAACCUGCUGGAUGUGGUCAAUGAGCUGGUUCAGAUGACCGACAAUGACUGGUACUCUACACGCUACUGAUGAGAGAGAGAGACGAUGAAAUCUAGGAAAAUGGAGUGAGAAAGGGAUGAGACACAAGAGGGAUAAAGAAAGAAGGGGAGGAAAGACAAGAAAAGAGAAAUUAAUUUCUGCUCAUAUACCUUUUUACUUUCCUCACUCUGCCCAUCUCUCCUCUGACUGGUCCAGUUGGAUAGAGAUCAAUUUCCUAUAUAACCAUACUAGAAGACAUUCCAUCAAACUCUCUGGAAUACUGUACUAGACCAUCAAAUACCCUCUGUCUAUAGUAUUACUUCUAGCAUAAGCCUUGAUGGUGGCAGGCCAGCUGCCUGCACAGAGACAAAAAAGCAACACUUUCCCAAAGUCUUAAAGGAGCUAUGUGUAGCAUCUAGCAUUUACCAAAAUUAUAAUAUGUAUUUUAAUGAGACACAGUAUGUUCUUGUGAAGUUGUGUUACUUUGAAAUACUAAACAGUUCAACUUCCAGGCUAUAAAGUAAUGUACUGUUUUACAGUUGAAGUUAGAUGCAGAUUAGUGCUUAGCAGAGCAUCAAUAUAUGGUUAUGAUUUGUUAGAGCUGAAAUGCUACACAUAGCACCUUCUUCUUUGGCCUCUUGGUCAGGACAGGUAUGAAGUUCAAAGCAGCGAAAAUGAUAUCAAGUAUUCAUUCACACCUGUAUUGAGAACUUCAAUGAGGAGUUCCACACAUGUUCACAUGCUAGGCAGUCACAUAUGGAAACUCCUCAUCAAAGCUAUAGUAUGCUUUAACCAUACACUAAACAGCUCAGAGCACUGAUAUACUUGCUUUUGACUAUAUGUUUAUUCGAGCAUGACGGUUCCUUCGUAGAAUGGUGUGUGCAUUUUCAAAAAUGAUAACCUCACAUUCCAUCAGCUGGCUAUGCUCAUGAACAGCAGUAAGGUCAGUGGCAGACUCAAACAAAUGAAAAUAAAGACACAAUUACAUUACAUUUAACAACAGAGUAAACUUAACACUGAAAGUUCUGUUGCUGGACUUUCAAAGUCUUGGUAUGUGGGCUACUGGAAGUGUCACCUCUACAACCUUUUCCCCAGUGUCACUCAGCUGAAGUUUGAUAUUAUUGUUCAUUUUGAUGUUAAACUUUAGACAAAGGUAAGUUGAAUUGUUGUUGUGAGAAAUGAAAGCACGACACAUUGCCGUUGCCCCGAUAGACUUUAUUGCUGCUACGCUCUCCUCAGGAGUCGGAGCAGGUAAGAUUAGUUGGGUACCUAGUGGUGGAAUUUGCUAUUAGUGGUCAGGGCUGGUCUGAUACAGAUCAGUACUGUUAUUGAAAUAUAUUAUAAAGGCUUGAACACGAACCAUGCAAUGGCCCUAGUGUAAUUAUACAUGUUACAGACAGGCAAAUAUUCUGUGAAUGAAGCUACUUGGGAACAGUUGUCCAUGCAUUAAUGUUGGUAAAAGCAAGUAUAUUAUGAGCCUAAAAGUUUCAAUUUAUUGGAGUAUAACUGCUGUAUUAUUUAUAUUGGUAUUGGUUUAUUUAUAUUUUUUGUUUGUCUUUUUUAUAACUUAGGUCCGUAUCAUUGGGGUCUCCACAAACCUUUCACUGUUCCAUAUGCAUAACCUAAUGUAUAUAAAUAGAUGACUCCUAAAAGCAGAAUAACAUUCCCCUUUAAACUUUAGAUGCAGAGACAGUGUUUGCACAUAAACCUUACAGGACACAGGGACCAUUCAUUCAAUAUUAACUAAUAUUUUUUCCUAAUAUGGAUUUGCCCGCUUUGACACACUUAGGUCUUGACUUUCAAGCAUCUUCCCAUGACCGGUUUAUUGUCUUGAACACAUUAGCUAGCUCUCAGAAAAAAAGGAUUCUUUGUGUUCCCUGCACCUCCCAGUCAGAUUUAAGGUCUCCAUCUGUUUCAAACAAACUAGUUCUAGUAAAUAGUCCCAAAUACUGUUGCAUUCAGCCUUCUACGGUUCUGCCAUUUGAAGAGGCUAGACACAUUUAGGGUUCUUUAUUAUGUUUGUUUGUUAGUUUGGGCAGGUGUGAAUGAUGUCUGUGUCUCUGGAAAAAUGGACCAACCAUGGGAUUUAUGAUAGCGUCAUAAUAUGACCUAGUAUAUAUCUGGACCAAAUGAACCAAACCGCAGGGAUGAGUUCAACAUUAGAUAAUUUCUUUGUUUGAAGUGUACUGAGGGUUUAAGGUGAAAAUGAACACUUUCCUAACACUUUGUUCACUUUUUUCACCCCUGUCAUCUGUUGUGUACUUUUUCACAUGGGUCAGGUCUCACACUCAUAAAGGAUGUGUGCUUCCUCCAGUAGAGCACAUUAACAGCAUGUACAGUACAAUAACAGUAAGGUCAUUCAAAACAUGAGCUGGAAAAAACUGUGUAAAGAUGUGGGAAUGUGCCCCCCCCCCCCCUUUCACAAAUGUAUGAAUAUAUUCAGAACCUCUUAGUUGGAAGCAAUGACUGUCUUAGUUUAAGUUAAGAUUGUUUAAGGUGUUCUUGCUUUUUGAAUGCUUGAAGGCUGUUUGGAAAUAUAAGAAAUUAGAGCUAUGGAUGUUGUAUUUUUAGGCUUAUUGUGUGGUGGUUAAAUCUGCUCUGCUGUAUGUGUGUUAGUGUUUUCCUUUGAAAAAAAAACAUUUUUGAGGUGGAGGUGAAGAAAUCAUUAAAUAGAAAAGCACUUGUUCUAGGAUUAUAAUUAAGAUGAAUGUUGUGCAUAUGUAUUGCACACCGAUCAGCCACCCCAUUAAAAUGACUGCCAGCUGAAUAUUGGUCAUCUUGUUACAGUUCAAUGUUUUGCCCAAAACCUUCGGUAAUGGAAUUCCUGUGAAUAUUAUGUUUUCUCGUAGCACCCACCUAAAUGUUGUUGACCUGGCCUAAAAAUUCCCUUGUUCCCAAUCUGAAAUCAACCAUCCACUUGAUGCCCCUGAACAAAUGUGAUACAUGGAGGCCCCACCCCCCAGGAUCAAAAGAAUUACGUCAGCAUCCCUGUGCCUGGCACCACAGAACACCCCAGAUGCCCCAUGUCCAUGCCCAGAUGUGUCGGGGCAGUUUUGGGGGACCUGCCUUCAGUGUUGUGGCUAAUCGAUGUAACUCGGUGGUCCAAAAACCCCUCAGCACAGUUUUUAGUACGUAGUUAUGUUUUUUGGUCAAGCUUCAAAUUCAAAUUAAAACUCUGCAAUGAAUUUAAAAUGAUAGUCUGAUAUGUUAGGGAUUCGCUUAUUUGUUUACUUGAUAAGAUUUAUAUGAGAAGAUUGAUACUACUCUCAGGGAGUACCAAUCCUCUCAUAUUACUGUCAGUAAGAGAGUGAAUAAGCAUAUCUCCCAUAAUGUUAAGCUCUUCCUUUAAGGUUUAGACAUCAGAUGUUGGCUUAACUGAGCCAUUUUUAUCUAUGCAGCUCUGCCAAAAACCCACAUAUUUAAACCCCUAACAAACUUUACUCCAGUGGAAUGAUGCAGAUAUUUCAUCAUGAUUUUCAGUUGGACAUUGUUUAAUUAUCAUCAGUAUGUAUAAGAUGUACACAAUGUUCUAUACAAACACGUUGUUGUCAAGUUUAUACAACCAGUUUUGCCUAAAGGUUAAUAUAAAGAGACACUGAAUUGCCAGCAAAGGGAUGUCAAAUAGUGUGAAAGAUGUCCCAUCUCUCAACCCUAAGGGGAACAUGUUUUGGUUUCGUAUGAUUAAAAAGGAGAUGGUAAAUUUAACAAUGGACCAUUUUUCGAUGUCUGAGUUCACACAGAUCCUGGGGUGUUAUCCAACAUAGUUUAUCUAAGCAUGGUUUCUUGUACAUUUUGCUUCACGUUCAUUUAACUGAAUCCCACCUCAGUCCCUCUCAAAGAAUCAAGCAUUCUACACCCAUCAUAGGUAAUUAUUUAAACCAUGCAGCACAUGUCUCGUGAAAUGGACCCCUGCUGAAAUGUGCACCUAAUGAAGGUGAAGAGUUUCACAUAAUGUACUGUACUGUCAUUUUGCUUUAAGUUAAUGUGUAUAUGUUCUAUGAGACAUGGUGUGGUGAAAUAUUUAUAUAUUGGGUUAGAAAUACAAGUGAAGUAUUUAAAGAUGAAGAGAAAAGCUGGAUUGUUUUAGCUUUUUUUCUGUGUUGCACUUUAUGAACAUUGUUAUGGUGUACAAAUCAAUCUGUCUCAAAUUAAACUCACUGCAUUCAUGAUGGA